AGAAGAACAAGGCUACGAUGAAAACAAAACGACUCUAAAAAGAUACACCUUUCAAUUUGUUGCAACUGAAACUAUCUUUGCCUUAUUAAAUCAUAUUUGGCCUAAAUUUAUACAGACAUUGUAAUCUGAUUCAUUUAGACAAACCCGAAAGCUUGCUCUAAUUAGCUAAUAUUUUUAGCUAACGAUAUAUGAUAUCAAAAUAUUAGCUAGCUUAGCUAAUAGCUAUCACCAGCUCGCAAACUUAGCUCCAACGACAAUUUCGACGUAGCUGCAUUUUCGGAGCUGUCUAGUUAUAAAUUGGUCAAUUACACAGCCGAAACAUGUCGGAUGAUUAUGAAUUCAGCGACGACACGACCAUGAUGAGAAUGGAGGAGGACGGAGAGGCGAACAGUGACGACCCGAUGUCAACGGCCGGGGACUGUGGCCUGAUGGGGGGCGAGGCCGAGGGAUCCAGAAUUGACGCCAGUAAAAACGAAGAGGAUGAAGGGAAGAUGUUUGUAGGAGGGCUCAGCUGGGACACGACUAAGAAGGAUUUGAAAGAUUACUUCUCCAAGUUUGGGGAGGUUGUAGACUGCACAUUAAAACUGGACCCCAUGACUGGACGUUCAAGAGGUUUUGGCUUUGUGCUCUUCAAAGAACCUGAAAGUGUAGAUAAGGUCGCCUCACAGAAGGAACAUAAACUCAAUGGAAAGGUCAUUGACCCCAAAAAAGCCAAGGCCAUGAAGAGCAAGGAGCCUGUGAAGAAGAUCUUUGUUGGCGGUCUCUCUCCAGACACCCCUGAAGAGAAAGUCAGAGAGUACUUUGGUGCCUUUGGAGAGGUGGAUUCAAUUGAACUUCCCAUGGAGAACAAAACAAACAAAAGGAGAGGUUUCUGCUUCAUCACGUUCAAAGAGGAGGAACCAGUGAAGAAGAUCAUGGAGAAAAAGUACCACAACAUCGGACUAAGCAAGUGUGAAAUAAAGGUGGCGAUGUCUAAAGAACAGUACCAGCAGCAGCAGUACUGGGGAGGCAGAGGUGGAUACUUAUCCAGGUCUCGAGGAAGAGGCGGUGGUCCAAAUCAAAACUGGAACCAGGGUUAUGGCAACUAUUGGAAUCAAGGCUAUGGAAAUUAUGGCAAUUAUGGUUACAGUAAUCAAGGAUAUGGAGGAUACGGUGGCUAUGAUUACACUGGUUACAACAACUAUUAUGGAUAUGGUGACUACGACAAUCAAUCUGGUGGAUACGGCAAGUCGCCACGGCGUGGUGGUCACACCAACAGUUACAAGCCGUAUUAAUGGAGGAAACCCUCAUCUUCAAGUAGGUUUCAGAGUGAUGAAAAGUCUGCAGUGCGCUGGUGGAGCAUUGGCCAAAGAGAUGGUGGUAUCCAGCAAAGAUCACUUAGCUGAUUGUAAGAAAGUAAACGAAGAACACUGACCUACAGUACAUUUCCUCUAUAUUUACCAGAGUAUUUGUUGUAUCUUAAAAGUUUUGGGUUUUGAUGUUUUGCAUUUAUUUAGAUUUGCUGCAAAGCUUUAGCACUUCCUCAUCCCUCCUUGUUUUUUUUAUGUAUUUAAUGUUCUCAAAUGCUUUUUGUGAAUUGUU